UUUCCACAGCCAAAGAAUCCUGCAGAGGUGGAACGACUUUUUACAGAAAUGAUGAGUGCGCGAGAUUUGUUCAGGCAGAUGCCAGACGAGUCGCGCAGACAGCUCCUCAACAAGCCACUGCCGGUGAAGUGGCAGAUGGUGCAUGCAGAUGCCAUGACCGUGUGGCGCGAUCAAGUACAGCGGAGAGCAACCGAGUCUGUCAGUUCGGGUUCGAGUGGCAAGGGGACGCCAGACUGGUAUGUCAAGCGCAUUGUCGAUCAAACGCUCAAGCCUGCACAGUAUACAGCGCUGAACGUGUGUCUGCGUACUCUGCAGGUAAGCUGGGUGAGAGAAUUCAUCGAGAACCAGGGUCAUAUUGCCUUAUCUACGGCGCUCGGUCAGAUCAACCAGCGGCAAUCGAGCAGAGAGGACGAUCUCACCAAAGAGCAUGAAAUACUCAAGUGUCUUAAAGUGGUCUUGAAUAAUCAGAAGUACGGAGCUGAGGAGACUGUCAGCCAUCAACGAUGCAUCGACAAUAUCACCACGUCUCUCAUUUCGCCAAAUCUUGCUUCGCGCAAGCUUGUGGUCGAUAUUCUUUCCUUCUUUUGCGCCUGGCGUGAUCCAGUCACGAGCCGCAAUACGGGUCAUGAGAAGGUCCUGCUCGCCUUUGACAGGCUCUGCGAGAUAACGGCGACCACAACACGAUUCGAGUCUUGGAUGUCUAUCGUUGAACACACGAUUGACGGUAGAGGUAUCGCUGGAUCUCGCGUUGGCGCUUCAGAUGAGUACAAGUCUGGCGGGCACACUCGCGACGCAAACCUCAUGGAGUACGCGCUGUCAAGUGCUAUGCUUGUGAAUCAAGUUGCCAACAAUGCCGAUCAACUGCAAAAUCGGGUCCACAUACGUACUCAGCUCAAGUUGUGUGGUUGGCCACGAAUCGCCGCAAAGCUGUCUGCCAUGGGGUACGACUUGAUUGAACGACAACUCAUUCGCUAUUUUGACAAUGAAGAGCAAGAUCUCCAAGAUUUGGCAGACUUCGACAACCAGACCGACAUCCGCGAUAUCGAUAAUCCAGUCGAGAUUGUACAGGGCAUCUGGUCUCGUCUUGACGCGACCAAGGCGCAGGACUACUUUCUCAGUACGCUUCAGCAUUUGUUGCUCGUCAGGGAGUCGGACGAUGAGAGAACUAGGCUCUUUCAGCUGAUUGAUUCUGUCUUGACCAGCAUUGUCAUGGACAGUAUGUCAACACGCCGCGAUGCUUCCUCAGCGCUCGGCACCUCUGUUCGAGAAGUCAUGGGGCGUCUUGCUACAGAUGAAGAGGCGCGCAACGCAAUCGACGAAGCGAGAGACGCCUAUGCGCGGGCCGACCAAAUGGCCCGAGAGCGCGAUCAGAUGGAGAAGGAAAUCUCGCUUGGAGCUGAUGGGCUUGUUCAACAGUUGAAAGAUGAGCUGAAGCAGGCCUACCAGGUUCUGAAGGCAAGUCAGCGGCAAGUCUAUGACUUGAAGCAACAGAUGGAAGCACUGAAGCUCGAGCAUCGCACUAUCAUGCAGUCUCACGAAGUCGAGACGCGGGAGCUGUACAUGAUGAUACGCGAAGGCGGUUCAAAUGUAGACACUGGCAUCAUUGAUCGACAAGUGCUCAUGUCGAAGCUUGAACGUCAACUUGAGCGCAAAAAGACGCAAUUCAAGCUCGAAGGGAGGCGCUGGGGCGAGGACAAGGCGAGGCCAGAUGCAAAGCUUCGGGAACUGCGAGCUCAAAUGGAUCAUUUCGAAAAUGGGCAUCAAAGUGACGAUUCACAGAGCGUCGAUGGCUCGCAAAUCUUUGGUUCCUCAGUGCGCAAAGAGCGAAUCUCCGAUGGCGACGUUGUGCGGGAAAAGCCAAAGAUUAUACAAUUCGCGAAGCCGAAGCCUUUACCAGUUCGGCCGCCGACAGCAAGAACAGAAGAUGUCAGUCAGUACACAGAAGCUAUUUCCAAGCUACUCAAGGAGGAUGGUCCGCCUGGCACGGCAAGUUCAGGACGAACGAACAGCUCUGGCCGAGCCAUCAGCUCCGCGCCAAUAUACUCCAACGGAGCCUUUUCAAAAUCGGCCGAUAGCUUGGUGCCACCACCACCACCACCGCCGCCUCCUCCGCCUGGUCCUCCACCUGACCUCACUGGCACUAGUAUGGGCCCUCCUCCACCGCCUCCGCCUCCAGGGCCUGCGCCUAUUAUGAAUGGCUCGUCUAUGCUACCCCCUCCGCCGCCUCCCGGACCUGCGCCAAAUCUCAGUGCACCAGGUCCACCACCUCCUCCACCGCUUCCAGGAACAUCUGGCAUGCCUCCUCCACCUCCACCUCCCAUGCCAGGAGCCUUGGGCAAGACUGGUUUGCCAUUCGUUGAGCCAGGUAAAAGGCAAAUGCCCAUGGUCAGACCGCAAAAGAAGCUGAAGCAAAUGCACUUUGAUAAACUCGAGAAUGGCGCACAAUACACGCUCUGGGCAGAAUCCAAACUGGAUGCAAAUGCCUUGUAUGGGGUUUUGUCCCAACGAGGAUUGCUCGACGAACUGGACAAAUCAUAUGCAAUGCGAGAGAUCCGGCUCAAUCUUGGCAACAGGGGCAAAACAUCAGACAAGAAGGGCUUCCUUUCCAAUGAUGUGAGGCAAAGGAUAGCUAUCGCGUUUCAUCGGUACAACGACUUAACCAUCGACGACUUGGUGGGCAAGAUUUUGCGUUGUGAUGCUGAUCUUUAUACGCCAGAGAUGCUCGAUUUCCUAUCGGAUGAGAAGCUUCGGCAACAAGAUCAAGCAAAGCAAAAGCUUUUGCCGUAUACAGCAAAUUGGCUGGAGAAUGGCAAUCGAGUUGAUGCAGAGAAAGAUCCAGCAGAGCUGCGGCGCGAGGACCAGCUAUACAUGAUGACCUUUGUCGAACUGCAACAUUACUGGUUGCGGCGCAUGCAGGCUCUCAAGUUGAAGGAUGAUUUGGAGCGCAACUACAAGGACUGGACAGAUCAGAUUGACUUGGUCACGAAGACUGCACUCUCUUUACGGAAUUCUCAAUCAUUCCGAGAAGUGCUCAAUGUUGUCCUGCACCUUGGUAACUACAUGAAUGACAUUGGCAAGCAAGCUGAAGGUUUCCGGCUUGGCACACUUGCGCGAUUACCCUUGACCAAGAACGAUGCAAACAACAAGCAGACUUUCAUGCACACAGUUGAGCGCGUCAUCCGCAUUCUGUACCCUCAGUUGGAAGAAUUUCUUGAAGACCUCAAAGACGUGGCAACUGCUUCAAAGGUCAACAUCGAAUCGCUUUCUUCAGAGAUACGCUCUCUCAAUACGAUGAGGUUGGGUAUCGAGCGCGCGUACGAGAAUGGUGUCAUGAGCGAUCGCAAGACACUUCAUCCCAAAGAUCGCGUUCGCCAUGUUAUUGAGCAAUUUCUGCCCGGAGCCAUCAAGAAGACUGACUUCCUGACAACGCUGCUCGAAGAUAUGCAGUCAUCCUUUGAGAAUUGUCUUAUUUACUAUGGCGAAGAGCCAAAGGACAAUCUCUCUCGCCAGCAAUUCUUCCAGAAGUUUGACAUCUUUGUUCGGGACUACAAGCGCGUCAAGAAGGAGAACUUUGACAUGGAAGAAGAAGCGCAUCGAGCUGACAUGCGGCGCAAGGCCAUGACGAAAGCAAGCCAGAAGAACAUCAUGGAAGCUGCUUUGCAACCUGCAUCUGCACCAAAUCAUGCCGUCAUGGACAAUUUGUUGGAGAAGCUGCGCAGCGGACCUGAUGUUGAGUCUCGCAAAACGCGCCGACGC